CGACACUGAACCACUUAAGUACGGUAAAUCGACGGAUAGAGAAGGCGUAAAAAGGACUAAAGCAGAAGAGAAUGAAGAAAGAAAAAGAAAAAGAAAAAGGACUAUACAAGCAGAAGAGGGUGAAAAACCAACUAGCCAGGAAAAAGGAAGGGAAAAAAAAAUAAGGGGAGGAAAAGAAGUACCGUAGCAGGACUAAGAAUCCAGACAGCCAAAUCCUCCCAGGCCACCACCACCACUACUCUGACCUCACAAGUAUUCCUCUUCUCCCGCUUCAUCCUCCACCUCCUCCAAAACAUCUCCCCAAACAACCCCUUGGACAACAACCCACCACUGCACCUCCAGCUUUACACCCCCACCACCUGUCACUUUCUUUACCAACUUCAUCUUCCAUCAUCAUCACCCAUCACCAUCACCACCCAUCCCCACCGCUGACUUAGCGUCCACUACAACUAGUGUCCUUAGAUCAUCCUUCUCCAUCCCGUCCCGCUUUCGACUGAACAUAGAUUCUUUCUUUAUUUCUUUCUUCCUCUCUCUUCUUCUCUUCCCUCCAAACCCCACACAAAGCCGAGUAAUCAUGAGCAUUGAACUUGACCCCACCGAACUAGGAUUUGAACGCCCGUUCAACCACGAAGUCAUUCAAACACUUCAUAUCAGGAACUCCAACUAUGACCCUGUCGCUUUCAAGGUCAAAACUACAGCUCCAAAGCAGUACUGUGUUCGACCUAAUUCUGGCCGUAUAGAAGUUGGUAAACAAGUUGAAGUCCAAGUCCUAUUGCAAGCAAUGAAGGAAGAUCCCCCCGCCGAUUACAAAUGCCGCGAUAAAUUCUUAGUUCAAUCUGUCGCAAUCACUGCGGAUAAGGAAUACAACACCGUUGGGCAAAUUUGGUCACACGUUGAAAAAAAUGAGAAGUCGGCCAUCCAGGAGAAGAAAAUUCGUGUAGUAUUCUUGCAACCAGGUGAAUUGUCUGCGCCCAAUGGCGACGUUCCGUUUGAACCUCACCAAUCCCCUCCACCAUACUCUGAUCCCGCUCCAACACAACACGAAGGUCCAUCCACCAAUCAAUCUGCAGAGUCGGUCCCAAUUCCCAAGCCGGAACCCAAGGUUGCUGAAUACAACGCGCCAGUUCAGAGUAGAGCUGUGGGUGGUCUUGAUAUGUCCAUCAAGUUAGCUGAGGCACAGGCUACUAUCGCGAAGCUGCAGCAGCAGCUCCAAGAGCAGAGUGUUCAUAAAGAGGCAAGCGCUACUAUGGCAUCAGGCCCCAAUGAACGUAUCGCAGAAGGAAAUAUUGGUUUGGGCCUCACCCCCCAUCCCCCAGAAGGUAUCUCCGUGCAGGCCUGCGCAGCUAUGUGCUUGGCCGCAUUCUUGCUAGCAUAUUUAUUCUUUUAACCCGUCCAAGGUAUGGGACUUAGCCUAACCGCCUAUCAUUUUCCGAUAUUUCCUUUGUAUACCUGAUGAGGCGUAACGUGCUGGAUCGUGUGGGAUUAUGGUAUUACUGGCCAUGUUUAUUUUUUUCCCCUUUCUCUGUACUCUACAAUACUCCCGGGAGAUUUCUCGAUUCUUGCUUUCUGUUUUUCCCGACAUCUGUCACCCCAUGUGCAUGUGUCCUCUUAUAGGAUGAUUCUCGUCUUGCUCCCAGGUGCGGCCGCUAUUUUAUGGGCAGUGGGGGUGAUUGAGGUGGGUUAAGUUAGUAACGAGUGUCCCUUCACUUGCCCUUUGGCAACAUUUUAUUUCAUUUGUCCAGUUUCUGCCUAUCUUCAUUAGUUAUUGUCUUUGUCUCCUGUCUCCAUUUCUUUUUUUCCUGCUCCCAUAACACGAUUCGAUACAACUUUGGUCUUUGACGAAAAAGGUCAAAUGGAAGGAAACCCCGAAGGUAUCGGUAUUUUUUAAUUUCGAGCAUAGAAUAAAUUGACGAUGCCGCCUA